GUUUGAGAGAUUUUACGAUGAACGCGAUUGUCCAGUAUAUUAUGAAGCUUUACAUGAUAUGAGACACUAUUUAGAUCGAAUCUUCUGUAAAGAAUUUGCUGGAAUUGACAAGUGUAUUGCGAGACGAUUUGAAAUUGAACGUGACUAUAGAAAACUUUGGCUUUUGUCGUUGGCUAUGAGGAAUUUGGACAGAGAUCUACGUGAGGAUGAUGAUAUAUCCGACUUGGAUAUCAUGAAUAUGUUUUUGGCACCAGUAGUCCGAAAAAGACAUGAAGAAAAGUUACGAGGUCUUUCUGAAUCAAAUUUGUUAUCUCUAAGUGAGAUGGGGCAACAAUUUGCUUACCAAACAUCUUUAAGUAAACGUAUACGUAGAACCACCGGAGGUCGUCUUCUAAAGUACAUAAUGGAAACGUUAGAACGCGUUAAGAAGGGCCACAGAGGCAGUAUAAAUCCUAAGAAAAACGAUCUAAAAAUGUCAGUCUUUGUAGCACCAACACAAGUAUUUAUUGGCUUGCUUUCAGUUUUGAAACCCAAGGGUACUUUAAUUGAUGGAACCACAUUUAAUGUUACUAAUUUCUUUCCCCAUAUAGGUGCAACAAUUGUGUUUGAAUUACAUAGGUUGCGGAGAAACAAUUGGAGAGUUAAGGCUGCUCUGGUAGAUACGAAAGUUGCAAGACCAAAUCUCUUACAAUUGAGUCACAGAGAUGCUGACUUAAACUAA